AUGCAGUUCGAAGCCUUCUGUGCAGGGGGCCUGGCCCCUGGCUGGAGCCUGCUGGUCCAGGGACACUCUGACUCUGGAGAGGACAAGUUUGAGAUCAACUUCCUGUCCGAGGCGGGGGACAUUGCCUUCCACAUCAAGCCCCGGUUCUCCAGUGCCACCGUGGUGGGCAACACUUUCCAGGGGGGCCGCUGGGGCCAGGAGGAAGUGUCCAGCGUCUUCCGGCUGGUGCUGGGGGAGCCCUUUGAGAUGGAGGUCAGCUCAGAUGAGGAGCACUUCCAUGUCCACGCCCAGGAGCACAAGGUGCUGCAGUUCGCACACCGUCACAGGCCACUGGCGGCCAUCACCCGGGUGCAGGUGCUGAGUGACCACCGCCUGGCCCAGGUGGAGCUGGCCAGGAGGGACCUGAGCUGGUGGUAACGUACCUGCCCCCCCCUGCCCCACCGCUCUCCAGCUCUGCGCCCCUACCGCACCGGGGGACCCCUCAGGCCCCAGCAGCCCGGGAGGGGGGCCCUGCUUCGUCCUCUGCAAGCCUGAGGGAGCAGGGCCCACUGUCCACAUCCCACCCCCAUGGCCAGCUUGGUUCUGGGCUGGGGCUGGGGCUGAGGCGGGUGUCUUGGAUGCUUGCAGGGACGGGGGCCACUGAGCUGUGCCCGAA